CAUUAGUACAACAGCGUCUCCUCCGGACCACAACAAGGGAAAAGAAAACUGGAAGUUAGCCGAACCGAGCGGGACAUGUCUCAUUUGUGACCCAGAAGCUCCCUGGCUGGCGGGGGGCAGGAGGAAUUUUGAAAUGGAGUGAGGUUGCCCCUCACCUCCUCGACUGUGGUGCCCCCAAGUCAGACUACAAAGGGACGUCAGGUCGGACGUCGUCGACAUGGAGACGUUCUUCGUGGAGGGCUCCCAUGUGUGGCUGAGACAUAAAGAGCAACUGCUCCCCUCCACUGUCAGCUCUUGUGAUGAAACAUCACUCGUCCUCACCACCGAUUAUGGAAAGGUGAUCUACCUGCAGAAGGCGGAGCUAAGCAAGGACACUGCGUACCCGAUGCACCCCAGUAGCGUCCAUGGAGUGGAGGACAUGUCCACACUGGCAGAGCUGCACGAAGCUGCCAUCAUGCACAACCUCUUCCUGCGCUAUCAGAGAGACAACAUCUACACCAGCAUAGGUUCGAUCCUGGCAGCUGUGAAUCCCUACAAGCAGAUUGCGGGCCUGUACGACAGCAACUCAGUGGAUUUAUACAGCAAACACCAGAUGGGGGAGCUGCCCCCUCAUAUAUUUGCCAUCGCCAAUGAGUGUUACCGCUGCCUGUGGAAGAGACAUGACAGCCAAUGUGUGCUCAUUAGCGGGGAGAGCGGUGCCGGGAAGACUGAGAGCACCAAGUUGCUGCUCAAGUUCCUUUCUGUAAUGAGUCAGAACUCGGCCGGCACGCCGCCAUCAGAGAGGAGCACCAGAGUGGAGCAGGCCCUCAUCCAGAGCAGCCCCAUCAUGGAAGCAUUCGGAAAUGCAAAAACGGUGUACAACAAUAACUCCAGCCGCUUCGGAAAAUUCAUCCAGCUCCACUUCUCCCAGAGUGGAAACAUUCAGGGAGGCUGCAUCAUCGAUUAUUUGCUGGAAAAGAACCGAGUGGUGCGUCAAAAUCCAGGGGAACGAAACUACCACAUCUUUUAUGCACUGUUGGCAGGGGCCGACAAAGACCACAGAGACAUGUACUUGCUGUCUGAGGGUCCUGAGUCCUACCACUACCUUAGCCAGUCAGGCUGCAUGCAGGAUAGCAGUUUGGAUGACAAGCAACUCUUCGACAGUGUCAUGGCGGCCUUGCAAGUGAUGGAGUUCAGUGAGGAGGAGAUCCGAGAUGUGUUCAAGCUGUUGUCUGCCGUCCUCCAGAUGGGAAACAUCGAAUUUAUGACAGCGGGUGGAGCUCAGAUCACAUCCAAAGGAGUGGUCUGUAAUGUGAGUGAGCUGCUUGGCUUGGAUUCCUUCCAGCUUUCUGAGGUGUUGACCCAGCGCUCCAUGAUCCUCAGAGGAGAGGAGAUCUGCUCCCCACUUACUGUGGAGCAGGCCGUGGACUCGAGGGACUCUGUUGCCAUGGCGCUGUACUCCCAGUGUUUCUCCUGGAUCAUCAUGAGGAUCAACCAGAAGAUUAAAGGCAAAGACAACUUCAAGUCUAUUGGCAUCUUGGACAUCUUUGGAUUUGAGAACUUUGAGGUGAACCGUUUCGAGCAGUUCAACAUCAACUAUGCAAACGAAAAGCUCCAGGAGUAUUUCAACAAGCACAUCUUCUCGCUGGAACAGUUGGAAUACAACAGGGAGGGCAUCCAGUGGGAGGCCAUUGACUGGAUGGAUAACGCGGAGUGUCUGGAUCUUAUUGAGAAGAAACUGGGCAUGUUGGCUCUUAUCAACGAGGAGAGUCGCUUCCCCAAAGGCACGGACUACACCCUCUUGGAGAAACUGCACAGCCGUCACGCUGCAAACUCAUACUAUGUGAAGCCCAGAGUGAACGACAACCAGUUUGGGAUUAAGCACUACGCUGGGGAGGUGCUUUACGAUGCACGCGGCAUCCUGGAAAAGAACAGGGACACAUUCAGGGACGACAUAUUGUUUAUUCUCAAAGACAGCAGAGUCGACUUCAUCUACGACUUGUUCGAGCGAGUGGGAAGCAGAAAUGGAGAAGAGACCAUGAAGAUGGGCACGGCUCGACGCAAGCCCACUGUCAGCUCUCAAUUCAGGGAAUCUCUUCAUUCCCUAAUGGCAACACUAAGUGCCUCCAACCCCUUUUUUGUGCGCUGCAUCAAGCCUAACAUGGCUAAGAAAGCCAACCAGUUUGAUCCAGAUGUUGUCCUGAACCAACUGAAGUACUCCGGAAUGCUGGAAACUGUUAAGAUCCGCAAAGCUGGAUUCCCAGUUCGUCGCUCUUUUAAGGAUUUCUAUAACAGAUACAAGACAAUCCUGAAGAACAAAAUCCAGAUGGAACACGAGAAGGACAGUUGUGUAGAGCUUCUUUCAAGUCAUGACCGCACAAAGACAGAAUGGCAGCUGGGAAAAACAAAGGUGUUCCUGAAGGAGGCCCUGGAGCAAAGGCUGGAGAAGGAGCGGGAGGAGGUGCGGCACAAGGCUGGCAUGGUGAUCCGCGCCCACAUCCUCAGUUAUGUGGCAAGGAAGCAGUACAAAAGGGCCCUGGCCAGUGCCGUCACCAUCCAAAAGAACUACCGUGCUCAUUUCUGGAGGCGAAGUUUCCUGCGCUUGCGCUCGGCCUCCGUCGUCCUGCAGAAGCACCACCGAGGCCAGCUUGCCCGGUCUCUCUGUCGUCAGCUCAGGGAGGAGGAGGAGAAGCGCAAGCGCCGGGAGGAAGAAGAAAGGAGGCGUCUAGAGGAGGAAGCGGAAAGGAGGAGGAUGGAGGAGGAGGAGAGACGGCGACUUCUGGAUGAGGAGCUGAAGAAGAAAGCUGAGGAGGAACAGAGGCUUAAGAAGGAGGCGGAGCAAAAGAAAGCGGCAAAUGGGGACGUUAAAAGGAACUCAAUGAUGUUGAACGGUGCUUGCCAGAAGAAGGCACUGUCUCAGACCGUGUCCUACAACCACACCACCGAGGAGGAGAGCCGUCAGAUGGAGGAGAUCCUACGUCUGGAGAGAGAAAUUGAACGCCUACAGAAGCAGCAGGAAGACGGUGUAUCUCUCUUGGGCGAGAUCUCCCGUGAGGAUCAACGGCAGAGGCGGGAGGCUGAGAUCUACAGACUGGAAAAGGAGGCCUCCCGCGUGGCGACAGAGUUCCUUGAGCUUUUAGACUUCGGCGGCCUGGAGCCAUCGCUGUCGAGCGAGGAGAACCUCCACGACCCGACGGAAUCCACCGCUCCUCUUGCCGAGGAGGAGGUAGACGAGGGUUUCCACGCCGAGGACGAAUGCGUUCCGCUACCUGACUUGCCACCACUGGCACCAGUUCCUCUUGACAAAGACGUUUUGCAAAGUCUCCCUCCUCCUCCACCAGCCUUUUCAGAGGGACUCUUGGUCCACCCUCCCACCGCUUCCCCUUCCAACAGAAUAAAUUGUACCGCAGACUCCCACGUUCCCUGUUCUACUCCUACUGUGAUGACCAACGGUUUGGUCUUAGAGCCAGUGCGAAAGGAAGCAUCCUGUUCAAACCAGCCUGAUGCAGAGUCGGACUAUGACCAAGAGGAGUUUGAGGAAACUCACGGAAGCUCAGGUGCCAGCAUCAACGACGGCCACAUCACGGAUGAGGAGGUGUUACGCAAAUCGUUCUGCACUCACAACAGCCUGGACUCCUACAAAGGCAGCUCAGACUCGUUCAUCGACAGCGAUGAGGACAACGACGGCUAUGUGGACACAGAUGAGGAGGUUUCCAACGGCAGGCUGAAUCUAUUGAAUGGCGGCGGGCCUCCCUAUUUCCACGGCUACCUCUACAUGAAGAGUGGCCUCAUGAUUCCUUGGCGUCGUCGCUGGUGCGUUCUGAAGGACGAGACUUUCAUGUGGUUCCGAGCCAAACAGGACUCGGUCAAGUCGGGCUGGCUUUACAAGAAAGGUGGCGGAAUGUCCACAUUGUCGCGCCGAAACUGGAAGAUGCGCUGGUUCGUCUUACGGGAGUCCAAACUCAUGUACUUUGAAAACGACAGCGAGGAGAAGCUUAAAGGGACCGUUGACGUGCGCACAGCCAAGGAGAUAGUGGACAAUCACGAGAAAGAAAAUGCACUCAAUAUUGUCACGGAGGAGAGGACUUAUCACAUUUAUGCGGAAUCUCCAGAAGAUGCCAGUGGUUGGUUCAGUGUGCUGAGUCGGGUCCACAGCGCCAGUCCGGAGCAGCUCAUGGAGAUGCACCACGAACAGGCCAACCCAAAGAAUGCUGUGGGCACGCUAGAUGUGGGCUUGAUUGAUUCUGUUUGUGCGUCAGAUAACCCAGACAGACCAAACUCAUUUGUGAUCAUCACCGCCAACCGGGUCAUCCACUGCAACACGGAUACACCUGAGGAGAUGCACCACUGGAUCGGCCUACUGCAGAAAUCCAAAGGAGACUCCAGGGGGGACGGACAGGAGUUUUUAGUCAGAGGCUGGCUGCAAAAAGAGAUGAAGUCCGGAGUAAAAAGCACAUCUCUAAAGCUGAAGAAGCGCUGGUUUGUCUUAACCACCAACUCACUGGAUUACUACAAGUCAUCCGAGCGUAGUGCCUCCAAACUGGGAACGCUAGUUCUCAACAGCCUGUGUUCUGUCGUCCAGCCGGAUGAAAAGGUCUUUAAGGAAACCGGUUAUUGGAAUAUCAUCAUCCACGGACGUAAACACUCUUACCGCCUUUACACCAAAAUGCUGAACGAAGCCAUGCGGUGGACAAAUGCCAUACAGGGAGCCAUUGACAGCAAAGUUCCCAUCGAAACGCCAACGCAGCAACUCAUCAGGGACAUCAAGGAGAGCAGUUUGAACGUUGAGGCGGUGGAGCAGACAUACUGGAGGAACCCCAUUCUGAGAUACACCCAGCAUCCUUUGCACUCACCACUCUUACCGCUGCCUUACGGAGACGUCAGCAUCCACUUACAAAAGGAAAAGGGUUACACGAGCUUGCAAGAUGAAGCCGUAAAGAUCUUUAACUCCCUCCAAGAAAUGGAGGCAGUGUCGGACCCCGUGCCCAUCAUCCAGGGCAUCCUCCAGACGUGCCAAGACUUGAGGCCGCUCAGAGACGAGGUCUACUGUCAGCUGAUCAAGCAGACCAAUCACGUCCCGCACCCGAACAGCCCUGCCAACCGCGCCCACUGGCAUCUUCUCACCUGCAUGAGCUGCACCUUCCUGCCCAGCCGUGGCAUUUUGCGCUACCUCAAGUUUCACCUCAAACGGAUAAAGGAGCUGUUCCCUGGGACUGAGAUUGAAAUGUUUGCUCAUUUUAUAAGUGAGUCACUGAAGAGGACUAAGACCAGAGAGUUUGUUCCAUCCCAAGAGGAAAUCAUUGCACUGCUCACCAGACAGGAAAUGACCACCACAGUCUACUGUCACGGGGGAGGUUCCUGCAAAAUCUCCAUUAACUCCCACACCACUGCUGGAGAGGUGGUGGAAAAGCUAAUCAGAGGUUUGGCCAUGGAGGACAGCCGGAACAUGUUUGCGCUUUUUGAGCAUAACAACACGAUUGAUCGGGCUGUGGAAAGCAGAGUCCUGGUUGCAGAUGUGCUGGCUAAAUUUGAAAGACUGGUUGGCAGUUUAGACGCUGAGGACGAAGGCCAGUGGAAGCUCUACUUCAAACUCUACUGCUUCCUGGAUGUGGAGAGCAUGCCAAAGGAGGGGGUGGAGUUUGCCUUCAUGUUUGAGCAGGCCCACGAGAGUUUGACCAGAGGACACUUCCCAGCCCGCGAGGAGACUCUGCAGCACCUGGCCGCUCUUCGCCUGCAGUUCCUCCACGGCGACAAAACUAAGGCAACGUGGAGCCUAGAGAGUGUCUACCCCGUGGGCCGCCUGCGUGCUCGCAUCUUUCAGUACACCAAGGUGAGCGCCGCCUCAGGGUCGGGUCAGACUCUGGAGCGGCGUAGGACCAGCUUCCUGGACGGCACCCUGCGCCGAGGAUUGAAGACGGGCUCCCUGAAGAAGCAGCGCAUGGAGGAGGAGCAGAUGCUGGAGAUGUGGAUCAAAGAGGAGAUGUCGGCCACCAGGGCCAGCAUUGUGGAGAAGUGGUGCCGUCUGCAAGGUCUGCUCCAGCACCAGGCCAUGCUGAAGUACAUGACCAUCAUCAAGGAGUGGACCGGCUAUGGAUCCACACUCUUUGAUGUAGAGUGCAAAGAAGGUGGCUUCCCACAUGAUCUUUGGUUGAGCGUGAGUGCUGAAAAUGUGUCUGUGUACAAGAGAGGAGAGCCCAAGCCCCUAGAGACCUUCCCAUAUGAACACAUCAUAUUCUUUGGAGCGCCACAACCUUGCACGUACAAGAUCACAGUGGAUGAGAGAGAAAUGUUCUUUGAGACGCCACAGGUUGGUGAGAUCACAAAGAUCAUGAAAGCCUACAUCAACAUGAUCGUGAAGAAACGAUGCAGCGUUAAGUCAGUGUCCAGCUACGGCAGCAACUGGAUCAGAUGAGGUUCCGGAAUGCUGUCAAGUAUUCUGCUUCAAUAAGAGGAACAAAUCAGCGCAAAGAGAGAUUGUGACAAGGACUCAUGCAGCAAUGUCUCUUCAAAAAGAAAAACUAGAAUUGCACCAUUUGAUGCUUUGAAUGUCGCUUGAAAUUUGUACACUGGUCCCUUUUCACACUAUUUGAAUUUUAGUUGCGCUUUUAACAAGCAAGGCCAAGUUAACUUCAACAAACUGUGUGUUACAACCACUAUGAGAAAAUACUGCAUACAUUUUUUCCUUUUUGAAUUUUUUUUUCAAGUGGACCCCCUUUUAUUGAAUGUUCUCUCUGAACGGAGAGUCCCUCAGGUGCAUGUGCGUAUGUAACUGGGACAGCUUGCCUUACUGAGCGCUUUUUCAAACGAAUCACUUGACCUGUUAUUGUGCAGCCGUGGCCUUUAACGUCUUCCCCGAGACCAAAAGGAGCAAGCCCGGCAAACAGAUGAUUUAGACGACCACUGCACUUUUGCCAAGACUCGAAUAGCAAAAUUAGCCUAAAACGGUAGCUUCAGUGUGUAUGCUUGUGUAUACUAAAAGUGUUUUUACUGUGUUUUUAAGCCACAUCGAGGGUGGGGUAUUAAUUUAUUUGCAAAACGGAUUGACUUGAGAAUAAUCAGAGGAUUAGUUGCAGUUUUGCCAGUACGAUCGAAUGCAAUGGGGCACACACGGCAUUCACAGGAAAUACAUAAGCUGUUCAUGUGCUCAAUCGUGUGCCUUGUAGUUAAGCGAUUGUCCAAUAUUAACACUUGCUGAUGUGUUGCCCUCCAUAUACGCCAGUCAACUCACAUCUUACAUGUCAUUCCUAAUAAUAACAACACUAAUAAAACCCAAACAUAUAUAUUGAUCUUAGUAUACACUUUGCAUCCUUCGGCGUCCUUCUUUGUUGUAGUGGUGAAGAUCUGGUUAGCUGCCGGCGGCCACACCAGACUCUUUGAUGGACAUUGCCAUUGAUGAUGACUGUUCACCUUUCUGGUUGUUUUUCAGUAGAAACAACAUUAACAAAAAAAAAAAAUCAUCGGAAAGAAUGUUUUAUAUGCCCCCAAAACUGAAAAAUGCUUUAAUAAAUUAUUGUAU